GAUACUCGCCCAAGGUAUGAGCCUGACAUUGCUAUGCACUUAUGCUUUCGCAAGUUUUACUAUUAUUGUUUUUACUAAUAUGCUUACACCAAUGAACUGUGUGAUUGUACAGCACAAGUAUUUUAUUCCGAAUUUCCUAUUAGAGUUCUCUCCAUACACUUAGGAACUAAUGUCUGUAGGUUUCCGUCUCGUCAGGUAAUUCUAGUCACGUGACUGCCAGGGGUCCAUAAUUAUUUAUAGAUAUCAUUCAUAGAUAUUGUAAAACAGCAUAUCUGUGUUUAUGGCUGUCUUAUGUCAAUUGUAGUGAUUCUUACUUAUUCUAUCUGUCUGUCUGUCUAGGUCUGAGAGAUGCCUUGGAGUCAUGGGGACUGGAAGAAGGCAAUCUUGUCUGUGUCACCACAGACAAUGCAUCAAAUAACAUCUGUGCCAUGGAACUGAAUGAGUGGGAACGAUUGCAGUGCUUUGGUCACCGUCUACAGCUAGCCAUCGAGAAUUCUCUAAAAAACCUCACCCCAACAUCCACAAGGCAGGCUGUGGAGAGAGCAGUGGGUGUCUGCAAGAGAGUGGUGAGUGCCUUCUCCAACUCUUGGAAGAGGAGAAGGGAACUGGCCAAAGCCCAAGCAGCACUGGGCUUGCCUCACCACCAGUUAAUCACGGAAACACCCACCAGGUGGGGGUCCCGCCAGCAGAUGGUUGCACGGUUCUUGGAGCAGGAGAAAGCCCUUUCACAGGUCCUCCUUGCAGAUAAGAAGGCAAGACAUCUGGUUCCGAGCUGGCAAGAUGUGUCAAUCCUAGACUCGCUGAACAAAGCCCUGGGCCCUCUGUUUGAAUUUACCGAUGCAUUGUCGGGGGAGAAAUAUGUGAGCGUAUCCUUUCUCAAGCCGGUGCUGCAUUUGUUCAAUGAUCAAAUCCUCAGCCCAAAAGAAGGGGAAACGGAGCUCACCAAAGCAGUCAAAGGAGGUGUGCUGAAAUACCUCAAUGAGAAGUACGAUGAUGCAGCCGCAAACAACAUCCUCGACAUGGCAACACUGGUGGACCCCAGGUUCAAGACAACUUACCUGAGGGAAAACCGUGCGGAGUACAUGAAGAACCGAGCUGUCACAGAGCUGCUGGGUAUGGUGGAGGGAGCCACGGCGCCACCAGCAAGUGAUCCAAGAGCAGUAGGCUCCCAAGCUGCUGAAGAUGACCCUCCCACAAAGAAAAAGACCUUGGCCAGCUACUUUAAGAAGGCAGUUCCAGCCAGCGCCCACACCCGCCUGGGCAACAGAGAAAGCAUCGAACUGGAGGUCGCCAUGUACCUCCAGGCACCUGGGCCUGCUUCAGAGGCAGACCCACUGGAGUGGUGGAAGCAGCAUGAGGUCACUUUCCCAUCUGUGGCUAGGCUCGCCAACAAGUAUUUAUGCAUUCCAGCCACUAGCUCUUCGUCGGAAAGGGCAUUCAGUGCAAGUGGAAAUAUUAUAACUUGCAAGAGGUCUUGUCUGAAACCAAACACCGUAGACCAACUGGUGUUCCUUGCACUAAACCUGUAAUGUUGACAUGUUUCUACCUCUUUAAAUUGUUUGUUGGUUUGUGUUGUAUUGUUUGUGCUUUAUGUUUGCACAUUUGUUCAAUUAGGCCUAAUGCUUUAAACAGAGUUCUGUUCAAACCUGUCCUGAUGUUUACAAUUUUUAUACAGGACAGGGGUUGGACAAAAUAACUGAGACACCUGUCAUUUUAGUGUGGGAGGUUUCAUGGCUCAAGAGGACCAGCCUGUUGGCCAAUCUUCAUUAAUUGCACAUUGCACCGGAAAAGUGAAAUUUGAAGGUUCAAUUAGCAGUGUAAGAGCACAGUUUUGCUCAAAAUGUGAGCACCUUACUGGUGCAAUGUGCAAUUAAUGAAGAUUG